GUGUGUUCAGACUUUUGCCCGGAUAAACCAGCGAUACAGGCCGAGAUCAAAGACGUCCACAAUGCCUUCCGGAGAGCUGUUCAGCCUACUGCUUCUGACAUGCUGAUGAUGAACUACAGCCAGGAGGUAGCAGCCAGUGCUCAGGCCUGGGUUGACCAAUGCAUUCUGGGUCACGGAAAUCCCAGCACCCGCACGCUCAAUGGAUAUGAAAUGGGGGAGAAUCUGUUCUAUUCGUCGUCCCCUAACUCGUGGACCGCCGUGGUCACCGCCUGGCACAACGAGGUGUCCAACUACCUGUACCCCAACGGCUCCAGCAACGGCAAAACCGUGGGUCACUACACACAGGUGGUGUGGAAUAGCUCCUACAAAGUUGGCUGUGGGAUGACAUUGUGCCCUAACAACAUUUAUUUCUAUGCCUGCCAUUAUUUCCGAGCAGGGAACUUCAAGUCGUGGCCGCCGUACACGGCCGGACUCCCGUGUGCUUCCUGCCCCAAAAACUGUGUGGACAAACUGUGCACCAACCCCUGUCCCUACGUGAACAAAUACACCAACUGUCCCAGUCUGAAGGCAAUGGUUGGAUGCGGCAACAACCUGGUGUCCUCCUGGUGUCCCGCCGCGUGCCAGUGCAGCGACGAGAUCAUUCCGAUAGCCUGAAGAGCAGCCCUGGAGCCUGCAACGUGUGACCCAAACGGUUUA